UAGUCCAUCUAACAGCCUCUAUUAUUUAGUCCACUUUAGUCACUGUUGUGCAGAAGUUUAAGUUUGAGUAUCAUUCUGUAUUGUGCAUCAUUUUGUGUAUUAGAAAAUAUAAUAAUGUCAUCUAAAGACACAAAUAAACUUAAUAAAAUAUUGGAUAAUGCCAGAGAUUCUGUUAGUAAUUCAAAAUUGGAACAAAUGUAUCUUCUGAGAGAACAGGACCUUAGCUAUGUAAAAGAGAGUUUCAAUCUAAUUAAUACCAGUGAUAAAGAAAAUAUAUUUUCAUGGAUAAAUAAGCUGAAGAGUAAUUCCUAUAUAGUAUUUUUCAAAUCCGAGAACGAGCUAUCCAGAGAGUAUCCUUUCCUAAACAAAAUGGAUUUUAUUUUAAUAAUAAUUAAUCGUGGGCAAUUGGAAAUGCUUCUAACUUACAUUAGUGACUGUGUUUGUAUACAUGGAACAAAUACUUUGAAGGAAUGUCGUUUAGAAUUGUAUUCAUUAUUAAUAUUAAAUGAAUUACGAGAAGCAUUCCCAUGUGCUUUUUUGAUCACAAAUCGUUGUGACGAACAAGUUUUCUCCCUAUUUUUUAAGUAUAUUCAGAGUAAAUGUAUGCAAAAAAUAUGUGCAAAAGUGUUCGUAUCUGACAUUCCAGAUUUUUAUUAUAAUGCUUGGGUACAAGAGAUGCAUCCAGCUGAAUUUCGUUUAUAUUGUAUAUGGGAUGUGGACGUAGAUUGGAGAAAAAAUUUAAGUAAAAUAAAUUCCAAGGAGAAACAGAUUAUUGUAUAUACAAAGUUGCGAGUUUUGCUGUAUGAAUUGGAUAAAACAGCAUUUUCUAAAAAAAUCCAGUCUUUAAUUAAAAAUCUCUUGGAGAAUGAGGACACCAACAGUUUCGGAACAUAUUUUCAAAGUAAUUAUGGCAAUAAAGUAUCAUUGUGGGCUUAUUGUUAUACAAUACAUUGUGGAAUAAAUACCAAUAUGCAUUUGGAAAGAAUGCAUUGGACAUUACAAUAUUUAUUUAUAAAUAGGGAUCUCACUAAAACGCUUCAUGGAUCCAUUCACACUAUAAUGAAGUUUAUAAGGGAUAUAUAUUUUGAAGAUGAUGUCUUUACGUCAAUUGAAUCAAAAUCGCUUGGAAAAAAAAGAAAUUCAGGGUAUAGGCAUACAGAGAGUGAAAUGAGAGUGGCUGAGACUAAUGUGUUGGUAGGUGAAUCGAGGGGAUUUAAAGUGAUCUCUAAGUCAUCACGUAUUUACACAAUACUUGAAGACAACAUCUCUUGUAGUUGCAAAAUGGUCUGCACACAAUGUGAUGUGUGUAUCCACAAAUAUUCUUGUUCGUGCAUUGAUUUCGCAAUCGGUUGGAAUAUGUGCGUACAUAUUCACUUAGUUCAAAUGUACAUGAAGUCACACUCAGAAACAAAAUUGAAGGAAAUAGUAUAAUCAGGUAUUAUAUCAUUAUUUUGUCAUUAAUUUAAGAUGACGAUGAUAUACUUACUCUAACUUAUAAAGUUUAUUAUUUUUAAAAUUGUAUCGUUGCAGAAUUACCACGUAUAAUCAGCACAGUGGAACCUCGCUUAACCAGUUUAAUCCGUUCCAAAAUUUC